AUUAGUAGUAGCAGCAGUAAUAGUAGUUGUAGCAGCAGUAGCAGUAGCAGUAGCAGCAGUAGUAGUAGUAGUAGAAAUAGUAGUAGCAGUAGUAGUAGCAGUAGUAGCAGCAGCAGCAGUAGCAGUAACAGUAGUAGUUGCAGCAGUAGCAGUAGCAGUAGUAGCAGUAGCCGUAGUAGUAGUAGUAGCAGAAGUAGUAGCAGUAGCCGCAGUAGCAGUUGCAGCAGCAGCAGCAGUAGUAGUAGCAGUAGUAGCAGCAGCAACAGUAGCAGUAGCAGUAGCAGCAGCAGUAGCAGGAGUAGCAGCAGUAGCAGUAACUGCAGCAGCAGCAGGAGUAGCAGCAGCAGCAGUAGUAGUAGCAGCAGCAGUAGCAGCAGCAGCAGCAGUAAUAGCAGUAGUAGCAGCAGUAGUAGCAGUAGCAGUAGUAGUAGGUGUAGCAGCAGUAGCAGUAGCAGUAGUAGUAGUAGCAGCAGUAGUAGUAGUAGUAACAGCAGUAGCAGUAGUAGCAGUAGUAGCUAUAGCAGUAGAAGUAGCAGUAGCAGUACCAGUACCAGUAGUAGUAGCAAUAGUAGUAGCACUAGUAGCAGCAGCAGCAGUAGCAGUAGUAGUACCAGUAGUAGUAGUAGUAGCAGCAACAGCCAUAGCAACAGUAGUAGCAGU